UUUGAGAUCACUUCAGCCUGUCUCUCUCUCCUCCAGUCGGGCAGGUUUACAGGGUGGCUCUCCUGUCUCUCUCUGCUCACAGGUGACAGGAGAUCUCUGCAGGAUCCGAAAGAAAACACCGGAGGUUUCCUCUCACAGCCCUGGCAUUAAAUUCCAGUCACGUUCAGCGAAAAGGGCAGGAAUUAGAUGACCAUACAGGUUCCCUGUACUGAGAAGAGCCCUCUCAGUCCUCUCAGUUCGCCUCCACGCCUCCUACUCGGCUUCCUACAUUGUCUUCUUGUCUGUUUCACUUGAGGACAGCAUGACAGGAGGACUGAAGGACGGCGACACAGAGGAGGACUUUCCACAUUCGCCGUUCAUCCGAAAACAAGGGAACAUAUAUAAACCUAACAACAAAGACAACAUGGACAACGACAGUCUGAACGAGAAGACGAUGGAUGAUGUCCACACCAAAGAGAUCGACCUGGUCAACCGGGACCCGAAGCGCAUUAACGACGAUGUUGUCAAGGUAGAGUUUGAGGACGUGAUCGCCGAGCCUGCAGGGACCUACAGCUUCGACGGCGUGUGGAAAGCCAGCUUCACCACCUUCACCGUCACCAAGUACUGGUGCUACCGGCUGCUGACCGCGCUGGUCGGCAUCCCCCUGGCGCUGAUCUGGGGUAUCUUCUUCGCCAUCCUGUCCUUCCUGCACAUCUGGGCCGUGGUGCCGUGCGUCAAGAGCUACCUGAUCGAGAUCCACUGCGUCAGUCGCGUCUACUCCAUCUGCGUGCACACCUUCUGCGACCCAUUAUUCGAGGCCAUGGGCAAGUGCCUCAGCAGCAUCCGAAUCAGCACAACCAAGGAGGUGUAGCGUCCGCAACUAGGAGGAGGAGGAUUAUCGGAAAGAGGGGAGGGAAGAUGGGAGGGCUAGAGCAACACAGAUGGAGGGAAAAGUCAGAACAGAGAAGAAGAAGAUAAAAUAGACCUCUGGAAAAUGAGAGAUGAGACUUUUCCAGAGCUGGGCGGGGUUGUUUGGAAGUGAAGGGGCGUGGUUAUGUGGCACCUGACCCCGCCUUUUUCCACCAGCUGUUUUUUUCUCUCCAGUGUUGGUGUUACCAAACGGGUGGGCACAGGAAAUCAAAGGGUCGUUCUCCGGGGUUUUUGUUGUUGUUGUUUUUGUUUUUGUUUUGUUUUUUAUUCCUCACUGUUAACUUUGUCAAGCAAGCGACCGAGCUCCAUAUCUGUUUUCUGUUAGUUUUGCCACAUUAUGUAAAUUCCUUCCAUUCUUACUGUUUCUGUGGAGAGCUUAUCACUUUGAUUGAUUCAUGUGAAGAGGGGAUGUCAGGGUGUAUCACUGUCUUCUCUCGCGCUUGUGUUUUUUUUGGAGCCGUUGGGCGGGGCAGGGUGGUUGGAUGUCGGGGUUAGGAAGGUCAAAGCAGAGAGAAAGAGUGAGCGCUGCCAAAUUCUAUCUGACUCAGCAAAAACAAAACAAGCCCACAAGCCGAAACAACACAGCGGCACUCCCUCCCUCUGCCCCCCCAUGACCUCCAUCCCACCGACCACCCACCCUCCACCCCUCUUGCUUUCCAGCAGUCUGACACACUGAACCUGCCCUCGUUCCUGCAUGCACCUGCUUGCCAGCAACUCGCCGUCCGCCGCCACCGCCACGCCCGCCACACAGCCUUACAAUGCAGAAAUGAUCUGCAUCCCAGCUCACUCGCUCUGUGCAUCGGCUUCUUAAUUCACCUCCACCUCAAACAGCAGGUUUCAUCACCAUUAUCCUCAUAAUUACAUGAGCGUGUGACAGAGAAUGUUAGCAUUUGAAAAAACUCUUCUUUUUGAACUCCGAUGUGGGUUUACUGACCAACUUUGGCCUUUUCAUUUUUCAGUGAAGCUCUUAAAUGCACACCACCAUAGUCCCAUAGUGAAUGCUUAUUUUUUUCUACACUAUGAAUAUGAAGAACUUUGAGGGUUACCGUUGUUUUAAUAUCCUGUAUGUACUGUAUGGGUUUCGACUUUACAAGCUAUGGCCUCCUUCCAGUGCACUAAUCUAUGGGAAAGUAUUGUUAGUGAAUAGCACUAAUGAAGAUCUCCCGUCUGUGUUUGCAGAGGUAGUAGAGCUCUAGCGGUUACUUUUGCACACUCUGCACCCAGGAUGUGCAGUUACAAGCUUGUGUGGAGAUGUUUCUUACGCGCUGUGGUACUUACACAGGUUAAUGCAUUGGAAUUAAGAUAAUGUGAGGUGGAAUGUGUGAUUUUGGAUGCAUUUUUUAUUUGUUAUCUGGUCAUCGUUUUGCACCAUCCAUCCUUUUUGUCUUCUUAAUCGUUUUGUUUUUUUAAUUACCCCGACUAGUUUGUUCUGCUGCCUGCUUCUUGACUGUGGACACGAUGCUGAACAGCAUCAAACUGAUGCCACCCACCCCAGAGAUGGGUGGAGGGAGGGACGGUAGGGUGGGGUUUCUGCAAUGGGGUGGGGGUGGGGGGUAGGCGUGGGAGGGGGUAUGUUUAAUUGAGACACCAAGCUCGCUUUGACUCCGUCACCUUCAGUCUACCUGCUGUCUUCUCACAGGGAUGGUAAUAUCAUAGCACCUGUUCCUUGAAUUGAGUGUUUUUAAGCUCCAAAGGUGAUAUUUUUAUAAGAAGAUAUGUUUUUCCUUCCUUGCUUUUACUGUACAAAUAUCACGCUGUGCACAUUAAAAUUUAAUAUAAUCCAGUG